AUGACGUCACGCGCGCACACCGAUGACGGCCGCGACGUGCAGGGCCGCGCGACGGUGGGUCAGAGAGGAGCUGGGAUGAUGGCUCUGGCACUGAGGUGGCUCCGUCCUCUCCCGUCCAUGCUGCACCGUUCGUCCUUCCUGCUGACCAGGGGGCUGCCAGGGGCUCCCACGGGCUGCCCUGCCCUGCUCCUGGAGGGCUGCAGGCAGUGUGGCCAUCAGGUGCUGCUGAGCAGACAGCUGGCUACCAAAAAGGCUAAAGGUAAAGGGCAGAGCCAAGCCAAAGUGAAUAUCAGUGCUGCCCUAGUUGAGGAUAUUAUCAAUUUGGAGGAAACCAGUGAGGACAUGCAGGCAGUCAUAGAAGCUCUGAAAGAAGAUUUCAGCAGGAACAUCAGUGUUAGAACCUCACCAGGGGCCCUGGAUCACAUAACUGUGGUGACCAAAGAUGGGAAGUUUCCACUGAACCAGCUGGGGCAGAUCUCACAGAAAUCACCACAGCUCAUUAUAGUGAACAUGACCAGUUUUCCAGAGAGCACAGCUGCAGCUAUGAAGGCUAUAAGGGAGAGUGGCAUGAACCUGAACCCCGAGGUGGAUGGGACGAUGAUUCGGGUGCCAGUUCCUAAGGUCACCAGGGAGCACAGGGAGAACCUGGCCAAGCUGGCCAAGCAGGCCACCAACAAGUCCAAAGAGGCCCUGAGAAAGGUGCGAAGCAAAAGCAUCAACCAGGUAAAGAAGUCCAAGAGCAAAGUGUCAGAAGAUACCAUCUAUCUGCUAGAAAAGCAGAUCCAGCAAAUGGCAGAUGAGGCUGUCGCUGAGAUGGACAAGCUGCUGGCAGCAAAGACCAAGGAGCUGCUUGGAUAAACACCAUCCCAGUGGACACACUGCCCCUCGAGCAGGAAUGGACUGCCAUGUGCCCCAGCACUCAUCCCUGCCUGGAGGCAGCAGCCUCAGGGAUGAGCAGCUCUGUGCCUUGGCUGCUCCCAUUGCCCACCUGGGCAGUGCUGGAGGGAGGGGGGAACUCUGCUCACUGUUCAUCCAGGUGGGAACAGAAUUGGGUGAAAUGAGAAAUAAAACAUCCAGAAGGAGGA